AUGUGGCAUCUCAAGCUGAUAGCUUUUCUUUAUGGCUCUCUUUUCUUUAUGCACCUUCCAUAUGCUAGAGGUUCUGACCUAAACACCGAUAAGCAGGCCCUUCUUGCAUUUGCUGCAUCACUGCCUCAUGGCAGAAAGGUCAACUGGACCUCCACAACCCAAGUCUGCACAUCCUGGGUUGGCAUUACAUGCACACCGGACAGGACACGUGUACGUGAAGUCCGAUUACCUGCAAUAGGGCUUUUAGGUCCUAUCCCAUCGGGCACACUUGGCAAGCUUGAUGCCUUGGAGGUGUUGAGUCUUAGGUCAAACCGUCUUACUAUUAAUCUCCCUCCUGAUGUACCAUCUAUUCCCUCGCUGCGCUCUCUUUAUCUUCAACACAAUAACCUGUCCGGAAUUAUACCAAGUUCACUAUCUUCCAGUCUAACAUUCUUAGACCUGUCCUAUAACUCAUUCGGUGGAGAAAUACCAUCGGAGGUGCAAGCCAUCACUGAACUGACAGCAUUGCUUCUCCAGAACAACUCUCUUUCUGGACCCAUCCCUGACCUUCACCUCCCCAAGUUGAGACAUUUGGAUUUGAGCAACAAUAACCUGAGUGGACCUAUACCACCCUCCCUGCAGAAGUUCCCAGCUACUUCUUUUCUGGGAAAUGCCUUUCUGUGUGGAUUUCCAUUGGAACCAUGUCCAGGGACACCACCUCCUUCUCCGUCGUCGCCAUCACCCCAAAGUGGCAAAAGAAGCUUCUGGAAAAAGCUCAGCCUUGGUGUCAAAAUUGCAAUAGCUGCUGGAGGAGGGGCUGUAUUAUUAAUUUUGAUCCUCAUCCUCUUGGUAUGCAUCUUCAAAAGAAAGAGAGAUGCAGAGCCUGGCACAGCAUCAUCUUCAUCCAAAGGAAAGGCUAUUGCAGGUGGAAGGGGAGAAAAAUCCAAGGGGGAAUUCAGCAGUGGUAUUCAAGAAGCGGAGAGAAAUAAACUGUUUUUCUUUGAGGGAUGUUCAUAUAAUUUUGACUUGGAGGAUCUGUUGAGGGCUUCGGCUGAAGUCCUUGGAAAAGGAAGUUAUGGGACUACCUACAAAGCUGUUCUGGAGGAUGGAACAACAGUGGUGGUCAAGAGAUUGAAGGAAGUGGUGGCGGGAAAGAGGGAAUUUGAACAGCAGAUGGAGCUAAUUGGCAAGGUUUGCCAGCAUCAGAACACUGUCCCAUUGCGUGCUUACUACUACUCCAGGGAUGAGAAGCUCUUGGUGUAUGACUAUGUCCCAUUAGGUAGCCUUUGUUCUGCUUUGCAUGGGAAUAAAGCUGCUGGAAGAACCCCAUUGGACUGGGAGACCAGAGUGAAAAUAGCUCUGGGCGCUGCACGCGGGAUGGCAUAUCUUCACGCCGAGGGUGGCGGGAAGUUCAUUCACGGGAACAUCAAGUCAAGUAACAUCCUUAUCUCACAGGAACUCAGCGCCUGCGUCACUGAGUUCGGCCUUGCCCAGCUCAUGUCCACGCCCCACGUCCACCCACGGCUCAUCGGGUACCGGUCACCCGAGGUCCUCGAGACCAGGAAACCGACGCAGAAAUCCGACGUCUACAGCUUCGGCGUCCUCCUCCUCGAGAUGCUCACGGGUAAAGCCCCUCUCAGGUCCCCCGGGCGUGAUGAUUCCAUCGAGCACCUCCCCAGGUGGGUGCAGUCCGUGGUCCGGGAAGAGUGGACGUCGGAGGUUUUCGACGUCGACUUGCUAAGGCACCCGAACGUCGAGGACGAGAUGGUCCAGAUGCUCCAUGUCGCGAUGGCAUGCGUUGCAGUUGUCCCCGACGAGCGGCCUCGGAUGGAGGAGGUGGUCAGCAGGAUCGAGGAGAUCCGGAACUCCUACUCGGACACGAAGACGUCCCCGGAGGACAAUCCCAGGGAGGGCGCUUUCUAA